UUUUUUUUUUUUUUUACCUGUAUUUUUGCCCUCCAUGGGCACCUGUAGAUAGAUGUACAUAAAGAAUUAUGUUACGCUGGCUGUGGCUAUUUGGCAACAACUAUUUUUUGUGUCUACCCAGAAUACGGGUCGGGUCGUCUCCGUCGCUAAACGGAGAAUUCCCGCAGACAUCAUCAUCUUCCAACCUUCUCAUCCACAAGAACAAGAGCUCCUCUCUAUCACCACGGAUACCCCACAAAAUGUAAAUGUAUCUCCUGCGAGAGAUAGCAAUGGACUCUUCCCGGAAAACUCGGAACCGGGUAGCUUGUAGACGCUGUCAGCGACGGAAGAUCCGCUGUGAUGGAAAUUUGCCUUCUUGCGGAUCCUGCCAGAAGGCAGGGGUUCCAUGCGUGAAUGAUGGAAAGCAAGAAGUUCAUCGCGUAUACAUCGCGAACAUGGAGCAUCGAAUACGGUGGCUGGAAUCACUAGUACGAGAGAACUGUCCUAAUGUUGACCUGAGCCAAGGACCGGGAAAUGAGCGGCAGCUGGAUGACCGAGCACCAACCGGAACACCAGGCGACCAUAUCGGCGUCGAAUCUGCAGCGCAAAGUCCCCAUCCAGAGCCCAGGGGGCAUGUGGACGACGAAAACACAACUUCCCAACAACUAAGAGAUCAGCCAAUAGCACCAGUUACGACAAGAGCAGUACAUGACGAGCCCCAGCAGGCACAUGAGAUCGGGUUGGUGUCUUUGUCGUCUGGCGGAGAUCCUCGCUACAUUGGACCUUCCAGUGGAUAUUUCUUUGCAAACCGCAUAUUCUUCAGUGUCGGUCGCCGCAGCAAUCAAAGUAUAGCAACGGCGAAUAUUUCAGGUUCAACUUCCCUGUCAGCUGAGCUGCUGAAUAUGCCUGCCUCGCUGCCACGGAAAGAAAGCGCCGUGGAGCUAUCGACGAGGUACUUCCAGAGCAUUCAUUUCAUGUACCCAUUUCUGCACGAACCGUCCCAUAUGGAGACCAUCGACCGUGUCUAUACGUCUCGAGAAGAGAACCCAUCGGAUAUAUUCCAAGUUUUCAUGGUCUUAGCAGUUGCAGCGUUGAACCUCUCCCGCCAAUGCAAGGUUCACCUCCCAGUGGAAGGUUACUAUACCGCAGCGAUGAAGUAUGUCGAUCACAUAUGUGGUGAUACCUCUAUGGCAGGGUUGCAAAGCUUGCUCCUUCUUAUGGUGUAUGCAUUACACAAUCCUUCAUGCAGCCUCAACAUCUGGAAUCUUAAUUAUCAAUGUCUUGCAAGCCUGAUAGAUCUAGGGCUCCAGCGUGACGUACGGGCAUCGCCGUCUUUCCAGAUUUCAGUGCUUGACCAGGAAAUGAGAACCCGCGUUUUCUGGGUAGCUUAUACAUUCGACCGGGCGAUAUGCACAAUGAUGGGCAGGCCAAUUGGGGUAAGGGACGAAGCGUGUGAUUUGAGGUUUCCGAUGGAUAUCUCAGAUCGCAAUCUCGUCAACCCCGAUAAUGCCCAGCGAGUCGAGCAAGAGUCAUCGUCGCAUCUAUCACAUUCGAUACACCUCUUCAAAUUAGCUCGGAUGAAUUCGGAAAUUAAAUACAUCAUGCAUAGCAUCUCUCGCGAUACUCCGGCGUACGCCUAUCCGCCGGUCAUGGAUAUCUUCGCUUGGCAGCAAGACAUGAUACAUUCUCUCCAGGACUGGCUUUCUAAAAUACCACGCCCAGUGGAUAACGGCGACGAUAAGAUGGUGAGACUCUGCAAGAUUAAAUACCAUGAAACAAUGAUUUUAUUACUACGACCAAGCCCGGGUAUCUCAACUCCAUCAGAUCAAACUCUCGAUAUCUGUUUCCACCAGGCUGUUGAUUUAAUUCGAGGACUUGGUGAGUUGUACCGAUCUGGGAAUCUUUUAUACAGUCGUCUAGUCGUCCACUCCAUAUUCCUGAGUACGCUGGUUAUGCUCCAUUGCAUCUGGAAGUUACCAGAGACUGCAGCGAAAUGUCAGGUAGACGAGCUGGUAUCCGACAUCAACAUAUCGCAAAAUAUUUUGAGUAGUAUUGGGGAGUACUGGACUGAAGCCAACAGAGCGCGUGAUUGCAUUGGUGAACUAUCCAGUGUAACCAUCCAAAGGCUCCUGAAAAGUGACCCUACCGUAGGUCUGAGAUCGUCUCCAAUCCAGGUAAAUAGGCGUCCUCGAAUUAGCGACUCCCGGGGCCCAGAAAUGGUUGGGAAUUAUCGUGCGCACUUUCAGGAUCAACGUGAUAUAGCCCAGGAGAACAACAGCAUAGGUGUCGAGGGCUCAAAUGCGCACCUCAUCUACCCAAUCCAGUCUCAAGACGAUACGGGCGUUAGCUAUGGUCCCGUGAACCUAUUUGAUGACUUCUUACAGGGAGGAUUUCAAGGCUGGAGUGGCAUGUCGGACAUUGACGGCCUUAUGUGGGAGUUCUUCCACUAGCUCUGAUGGACACUCCAGCAGGAUAUGGAAAUAUGAACAAUAAUAUUAUUGUUUGACUCUAUAGUGUAUAUAACACAGGCCCUAUAGCCUUUCAGGUUAUGUAUUAUAAUUCUAUGCUGUCUUCGAAAUCGGAAAAGCGCACAUGUAUUCAUCCUCCGGGUCAACCUCAAAGUC